AUGGAACUCCGUUGGAGAAAUGCUGCUUUGCAGCUCUUCUUCAUCGCAGCCAUUCCAUUUGGUUGCUCAUACAAAUAUGAUGUAGCUUACGCGGACUACAACUUGAAUCAGAACCAGUAUGCUGUGGACCCACUAGACUACUGGGGAGAAUGGGGCGACGGCCAUGAGUAUCGUCCAUCUCCAGAGAACUGGAGAGUACCAUUCUAUACAUUAUUCCUCGAUCGAUUCGUGAACGGCGAUCCAUACAACGACAAUAUCAAUGGAACGUUGUUCGAGCAUGACCUCAACUCCAAUCAGAUGCGCCAUGGAGGUGAUCUACAAGGACUCAUCGACACCUUGGACUACCUCCAGGGAAUGGGUAUCAAGGCAUUGUAUAUCGCCGGUUCUCCAUUCCUCAACCAGCCUUGGGGCUACGACCAGUACUCUCCGCUAGACCUGUCCCUACUCGACCACCACUUCGGUACCCUCGAWACAUGGCGAAAGGCAAUAACAGAGAUUCAUGCGCGAGACAUGCACGUCGUCCUGGAUAACACAGUCGCUACACUCGGCGAUCUCAUCGGGUUCGAAGGCUACCUGAACGAGUCGGCUCCCUUUACGACGACUGAGCAUAGAACUUCAUGGAAGACUGAGAGACGGUACCUGGACUUUGAUAUCGGCAACAACUACAACAAAUCAUGUCAAUAUCCUCGUUUCUGGAACGAGACUGGAUUCCCAGUCGAUCCAUCUGUGGAUGAGAGUCUGCAGGGUUGCUAUGACUCUGACUUUGAUCAAUACGGUGAUACUGAGGCCUUUGGAGUGUACCCGGWUUGGCGAAGAYAAUUGACCAAGUUUGCUAGUGUGCAGGAUCGUCUCAGGGAAUGGCAUCCUCCUGUUCGCGAGAGACUCGAGAACUUUUACUGCAUGCUCAUCGCGCAGCUUGACAUUGACGGCUAUCGCUACGACAAAGCAGCACAGAGUACCCCAGAUGCAUUGGCCGCAUUAAGCUCUUCAUUGCGAACAUGCGCCAGGAGAUACGGCAAGGAGAAUUUCUUCAUCACUGGUGAAUUGACUUCUGGGAACUAUUUGGCUUCGAUCUACGUUGGAAGAGGCCGACAGCCAGAUCAAUUGCCAGACAAUCUCACCCAGGCAAUCACUCUUACGAACAACUCAUCAGACGAGCACUUUCUUCGAUCCUCUGACCAGCACGGUCCAGACAGUGCAGCAUUUCACUACACAGUCUACCGCUCGUUGACGAGAUUCAUGGGCAUGGAUGGAAACCUGGAGGCUGGAUAUGAUGCACCGAGGAACUGGGUGGACAUGUGGAACACUUUGAUGCUCACCAACAAUCUCAACAAUGCAAAUACUGGCGUUUUCGAUCCUCGCCACAUGCUUGGAGUCACCAACCAGGAUGUGUUCCGAUGGCCUGCGAUUCGCCAGGGGCUCGAGCGUCAAGUACUAGGGCACUUCAUCACAACACUCUUGGUUCCUGGUAUACCGAAGCUACUCUGGGGCGAGGAACAAGCAUACUAUGUUCUUGAUUCGACAAAUGCCAAUUACAUCUUCGGAAGGCAGCCAAUUUCGUCCGCUACUGCAUGGCAAUCACAUGGCUGCUACUCAAUGGGAUCUACGCAGUAUUACAAUAUGCCUCUGGAAUCAACAAGACACGGAUGUAACGAUGAUACGGUCAGCUACGAUCAUCGUGAUCCCUCUGCGCCUGUUCGCAAUAUUCUGCGUCGCAUGUAUCGUCUGCGAGAUAUGUACCCAGUCCUACAAGAUGGUUUCUUUCUACAACAACUCUCGAAUCAAAGCUGGGAAGUCCAGUAUCCCGGCUCCAGUGGAGUUGCGACGGAGACUGGCCUAUGGUCCGUCAUGCGAUCCACAUUUGCAGGUGUGCAAGAUCUGAGCAAUCGCUCCAUGCCUGGCAGCUCGACAUACUUGUCCGACACGCCCAUCUGGCUUCUGUACACGAAUGUAAACGAAACCAGGACCUUUGAAUUCGAGUGCGGAGUCAAUGUCACCGACUUGAACACCACCGCCUUGAUCGCACCCUUCGAUGCGGGAACCCGCGUGAAGAACCUAUUCCACCCGUACGAGGAGCACACUCUUGUCAACAGCACUCAAUUUCUUGGUAUCAACAAUUCUACGAACCCCAAUGGUUGUAUCGACUCAUUGGACAUGCAAGCUUUCGACUUCAGAGCAUACGUACCGAUUGAACAGUGGGAGGGCCCCGAACCUGUCAUCACCAAGUUUGAACCAGGCCACGAUGCUAGGAUUCUCUCCAAUGUUGAUGCAUCCAGUGCCGAAGAGAUUGAUGUUGGAAUUGCUUUCUCAAUCGCAAUGGAUUGCGAAAAUGUCACUCAAAGCAUCUCCUUUGCAUCGAAGACUGUGAGUGGAAAUGUGCCCAGCAUUCAGCUGGACACUGUGCGUUGCGGCCCCUGGGAAGGUGACGCAGACUCUCCCCUGGUGGCUGGAAUCCCAUCGAUGUGGUCCUGGUCGGCGACGUUGAGUGGUGUGCAUAAUGGAGUGCAUCGGAUGACUGUGAGCAACGCCAAAGCACAAUCAGGAAACUCAACUACUCGAGCCAAAGACCACUUCAUCUUCCGAGUUGGGCAAUACGACAAUCCUGUGGUAUUUCCAAGAACCGCAAACUACUCGAGUACUUUGCUCGUUAGAACGGACAACGACCAACUCAUGCUGAAUCAUACAGCGGCGGGUGCAGACCUCUUCAGAUACUCAACCAACUUCGGCACGACCUUCUCUAGCUGGCAGGCUUACGAGGGAGGUAUGCAGGAGAUUGAAAAGCAACCCUGGUCUGGAACUGAUCUUCAGCAAUGGAAGGGAGAGCACGUUCGGGUGGAGUACUUCAGUCGCUUCGCAGGCUCGUCUGAUCAUGUACAACAGGCGGAUAUUGGGAGUAAACCAAGGAGGUUUCCGCACAUGUUCCUCAAUGGACCUUACAAUUCCUAUGGCUACGAUGCCGCAUUGAAUAACGAAUUCGAACUCCAAGACAACAACGAAUGGACACUGCACUGGAUGACGGAGUGGAGUAGUUCUGGAGCAGCCGCGCAAAUCAACGUCUGGGGAAUUAAUCCUGAUGGUCAACCUGAUCAAUCGAUGGUACUCGGAGAUAUUGAUGGAGACUCGGUGCUCGAUCGACUCCCUCCAUCAUCACUCAUUCCUGUCACUCUCAACGUCACCGAAGCUCCACCAAAGCCCUAUCUGGCGUGGAGAUGGGCUGUCGAUGAUGGUAGUAUGCGAUUUCGACUUGAGCCUCGCGGGAAUAUGUGGCUACAACUCAGCCUCUACGUCAUAUUCUGGAUUCUGCCAAUAGCGAGUGGUAUAGUCGCGACUAGGACGUUCAUUURCGGAUUCUACAAAGUCAAGUUCAACAAGCUUGGAGCCGUGAGCGAGAAGCUUGGCCUACUACCACUGGCAAUCAGACAACCAUUCCAGGGACCUGGCUUUCCAUCUCUGUUGAAGCCACAGUCAAAAUUCCUGCAGGUAGAUCAGAAGCCCACCUUCGAUGGAACUGGUCAGCGUACCGUUCUUAUCGCAACGAUGGAAUACGACAUUGAGGAUUGGGGCAUCAAAAUCAAAAUUGGUGGUCUGGGUGUCAUGUCGCAACUCAUGGGGAAGAAUCUUCCCAACUUGAUCUGGGUCGUUCCCUGUGUCGGUGGCAUCGGCUAUCCAGAAGAUGAACCGGCAGAUCCAAUGCUCGUCACUAUCCUUGGAGCGACCUACCGAGUCAGUGUACAAUAUCAUGUCUACAAGAACAUCACCUACGUUCUUCUAGACGCACCUGUUUUCCGAAAGCAGACGAAAGCGGAACCUUACCCAGCCCGCAUGGACGAUAUGGAGAGUGCCGUAUACUACAGUGCCUGGAAUCAGUGCAUUGCCCAAGCCAUACAGCGCUUUCCCACAAUCGACAUCUACCACAUCAAUGAUUACCACGGGACCAUUGCGCCUCUGUAUCUCUUACCACGCACGAUCCCUGUCUGCCUGUCUUUGCACAAUGCGGAAUUCCAAGGUCUGUGGCCUAUGCGAAACAUUCAAGAAAUUGAAGAGAUCUGCCUGGUUUUCAAUCUGCCUGUUCACACGGCCGUGCAUUACGUACAAUUCGGCCAAGUCUUCAAUCUUCUACAUGCCGGUGCGUCGUUGCUGCGGAAGCAUCAAGAAGGAUAUGGCGCUGUGGGAGUGUCGAAGAAAUAUGGCCGGAGAUCAUAUGCUCGCUAUCCUAUCCUCUGGGGUCUGAGCGAGGUUAAAGCUCUCCAGAAUCCCGACCCUUCGGAUACAGGAGCCCUCGAAGCACCAGCAGUCGAUGCAUUGAAGCAAAAUAUCCAAAUCGACGAAGCUUUCGAGAUUGAGCGCCUCGAGAUGAGGCUACAGGCUCAAGAGUGGGCGGGUCUUACCAAAGAUCCCAAGGCUCAGCUCUUCGUCUUCGUGGGCCGAUGGUCUCAGCAGAAGGGCGUUGACCUCAUUGCUGAUAGUUUCCCUUCCAUCUUGGAAACGGACCCGAACGUACAGCUAAUCGCGAUCGGACCUGUGAUUGAUCUGUAUGGAAAAUUUGCAGCACUGAAGUUGGAUGUCCUGAUGAAGAAGUACCCAAAGCGGGUAUUCUCCAAGCCAGAAUUCACAGCCUUACCCCCUUACAUCUUCACAGGCGCCGAGUUUGCGCUCAUUCCAUCACGAGAUGAGCCGUUUGGUCUCGUAGCAGUCGAAUUCGGUCGGAAAGGUGCCCUUGGAGUUGGAGCUCGUGUGGGCGGUCUCGGACAAAUGCCAGGCUGGUGGUAUACUGUUGAGAGUACAUCGACCAUUCAUUUGUUGGACCAAUUCAAGGGAGCGAUUCGAGAAGCUCUGAGCUCAUCGGUCAAAAUCAGGGCCAAAAUGCGCGCCAUCUCAGCCAAGCAGCGUUUUCCAGUCGCGGCGUGGGUUCAGGAGCUGGGCGAUCUCCAGAGCGAUGCCAUUCGAUUACACGACAAGAUACGCUCAAAAAGACUGACGAUAUCAUCGACUACCACUCUGGUAGAGUCCCGCAUGUCGUCAGCGCCUGGAACGAGGCGGAAUUCCGUGGAAUUGGAUGAAGUGGCAAAGCGCUUCAAGAUCAUUCCUGGAUCCCAAAGGAACUCUGCGAUUUCUGAAAGAAGUUUCACAACUCCUAGACAGUCGGUGCUUUUACAUGAGGACGAUGAUAUCAUACGCGUUGUUCCAAGCCCGGACGAGGUACAUCCUCUACCAAAUCCUGGACUGACAUUGAGCUCACUGGAGUCGAAUAGCCAACUCCUCGCAGCGAGCGCUGCCCAAACAACGUCGAAUAAACGAGCAUCGCGACAACACAGAGAGUUAUCGCUUGGUACUGUCAUUGGCUCAAGAACAGACUUUGGGCUCCAGAGAGUCGAYCCAUUCUUCGUCGACAAAACCGGUGCUUUCUACCGCGCAUUCGAGAAGAAACUCGAGACUUUGAACGGGAAGAAUUCGGAGACCGUCAACUGCAUUGAGGAAUACUUGCUAAAGUCAGAGAAAGAGUGGGCGAAUAACGUACGCAAUGCCAAACUCGGCCGCAGGAAGAGCGACACAAAUCUCUCCAUCGGCACACAUCUACGAUCAAGGCCUCCGUCUCCCGCUCCAUCCACACUUGCUUUCCCGGAAACCCCCAACGAGAAGGAAGCCUUUAAAUUCGACGAGUACGAGCUAGGACCCGACUACAAACCUCCUCGAUAUCUUCUCAACUGGAUGCAAAUCCGUCUCGGAUCCUGGCCAAUUUACUCCUUCUUCCUAGCAUUAGGCCAAAUCAUCUCGGCAAAUUCCUACCAAAUCACCCUCCUAACCGGAGAAGUUGGCCAGACUGCAGAGAAGACUUAUAUCAUUGCCGCCAUUUACCUGAUUGCGUCCAUAUGCUGGUGGUACAUGUUUAGAAGAUUGCCAUCGCUAUACUCCCUCUCUUUAGCUUUCGUCUUCUACGGCGCAGCAUUUGCAUUCAUUGGCUUGGCACAUCUCGCGGACGCAACAACAGCAAGAGGGUGGAUUCAAAAUGUAGGAACUGGAUGCUAUACAGUUGCUUCGGCUAGUGGAUCUCUCUUCUUCGCGCUGAAUUUUGGCGAUGAUGCGGGCGGAAAGGUGGAGUCUUGGGUGUUUCGAGCUUGUAUGAUUCAAGGGACACAACAAGUUUGGGUCAUUGCGCUGUGGUAUUGGGGCAAAUUCACUUCUCAGCAGCAGCAGCAGCAGUCACAACUGGGUCAGAUUUCCAGCUCGACGGUCGUGGGGACGUGGAAGAUGACGGCCAUUUCAUUACCGAUUGCAGGAGCACUUUGGGCAGCGGGAUUGGUCCUGUUCUUUGGCUUGCCGACUUACUACCGGCAAGCGCCUGGAAGCACACCUGCUUUCUACAGCUCUGCAUUGAAGCGAAAGGUCGUUGUGUGGUUUGCAGUCGCUGUGCUUCUUCAGAACUUCUUCAUGAGCGCUCCAUAUGGUCGAAAUUGGACAUUCUUGUUUAGUAGCCAGCACGUGGAAGAAUGGCAGAUUUUGCUUUUGGCGAUUGGCUUCUUCAUUGGCGUCUGGGCCGCUUUUCUUGCAAUACUGGGUCACCUUUCCAAGGCGCAUACCUGGAUUUUCCCCGUAUUCGCGAUCGGACUCGGAGCUCCAAGAUUCGCUCAAAUUUGGUGGGGAACCAGCAGUAUUGGAUUAUGGCUACCUUGGGCAGGCGGAUUCCUCUCAAGCGCAUUGGUUUCCAGAGCUGUAUGGCUAUGGUUGGGUGUGCUUGAUGCAAUCCAGGGUGUAGGACUCGGCAUGAUUCUGCUUGGAACUUUGACACGAGAACAUGUCGCAUUCACGGUUACAAUGUGCCAGGUCUUGGGAUCUGCAACGACGAUGCUGGCGAGAGGCGUGGCACCGAAUAAAAUUGGUCCUGGGCCCAUCUCGCCAGACAUUUCACAAGGUAUCGGCGUCUUUGGUAAUGCUUGGUUCUGGAUUGGUUUACUGGCGCAAUUGGCGAUUUGCGUGGGCUUCCUCAAGGUGUACAGGAAAGAACAGUUGCAGAAGCCUUAG